UCACCUCAACUUUGCACGCUCGCCAGUCUUUCUUCUCGUAGUAGCAAUCUGUCAGCUUCGCGUUUUCAUCUGCGAAAGAUUAGCUCAGUCCCGUGAUUGAUACCGACGAGCGCACCUGCGCAGCCUGUGCUGAAGAUCCUCUUGUCCCUAUACACCCAUCAGCCACGGCGUUACAACUUCCACAACAUCAAUUGGGCUUACCAGUCAUCUGGCUCAUCAUCAAUCAUCAUCUGUGCUGCAGCAGCUUGUGUCUUGGUAUUCUUCGACAUCCUCAAAGAGCUUAGAAAGAAAACAGGUGUCUGUUGUAGCUCUCACCGCGCGAGCAAGUUCACGGCACAAGGUCGGACUAUCUCGGCCCCGACACACAACGUCAACGUCGCCACCAUGACGACCCGGAAGUUGAAUGUCUUGGUUUAUUCUGGACAUGGCAGCACUACGGAAUCCGUCCGUCAUUGCCUAUACACCCUUCGCCGCCUGCUCUCCCCAGCAUACGCUGUCAUUCCUGUCACAGGCGAUGUACUUAUCAAAGAGCCAUGGUUUAGUACUUGCGCGCUCCUGGUCUUCCCUGGCGGUGCAGACUUGGGGUACUGCCGUACAUUGAACGGUGAGGGAAACCGCCGCAUCAGCCGCUAUGUCAAUGCUGGUGGCUCGUACCUGGGUUUCUGCGCUGGCGGCUACUAUGGCAGCGCACGAUGCGAGUUUGAAGUUGAUGAUCCCAAGAUGGCAGUCGUCGGAGACCGCGAAUUGGCUUUCUUCCCGGGUAUCUGUCGAGGACUGGCAUUUGAAGGUUUCAAGUAUGCGAGCGAGGCCGGCGCCAGGGCAGCAGAAGUCAAGAUCGAGAAGGCGGCUUUCGAGGACGUGAAGGAAGGGACUGCCGAUUCGUUCAAGAGCUACUACAACGGCGGUGGGGUGUUCGUUGAUGCUAAAAAACUUGAGGCACGAGGUGUGCAGACCCUAGCCAGCUACACAGAAGAUCUACACGUAGAGUCUGGCGAAAGCCAAGCUGCGGUGGUAUAUCGUAAAAUUGGUGAAGGACACGCCAUACUCACCGGACCACACCCUGAGUUCGCACCACAGAACUUGAGCCAAAUACCCAGCGUCCCAUCGUAUGCAUCAAUGAUUGAUGCAGUUACUGCCACAGAUACAGGCAGAAUUGCUUUCUUAGGAUUGAUGCUGCGCAAAUUGGGCUUGAACGUCAAUGAGCAGGAACAAGCGGUACCAUCCCUGUCCCGCUUGCAUCUCACGUCUCACAAACCGACAGCCGUUGCGGACCUCGUCGCAUCUUGGGCAGAAGUCAUCACUAUAAUUGAUGGUGAAGACUAUAUCCAAGGUGGCAAUGAUGUCUUUCACAUCGAAAAAGAGGGUUCCAUCUGGAGCGUCAAGGAAUUAAAACGAGCUGUGAGUGCAGUUUCGGAGAAGCUGCCAACGAUUGCGUCAUUGAAAAUUACGACGAACGACGGAGAAAAGAAGACUGUCGAGAAGUCCACAGAUGAGAGGAAGACGAAGACGAAGGCAGAGGAGAUCCAAGAGUGCAUCGAGUACACGGCAAACUCCGCUUUUGAUCAGAUCCUGUCUUACGACAAAGUUGUCAAGACCAUCGUUCCACACAAGGAAGGUGUCCCAACAAGUCCUGAGGCUUCUUUCCAUCAUGAAGCGUUCUACGCAAAUCUGCACCACUAUCACAACAAGUUACGCAACCCAUCUGCAGCGUUCGGCUCAACUCUUAUCUAUGGCGAAGUAGUCACCAGCACCAAUACGCUCCUCGAUAAAAACCCUGUUCUCCUACGCAGUCUACCCAACGGCUUCACUGUAACAGCAACGACGCAAAUCGCCGGCCGGGGCCGCGGCUCUAAUGUCUGGGUAGCACCGCCAGGUGCACUGAUGUUCAGCACCGUCCUCCACCAUAGCUUCGCCCUCUCACAAUCCGCGCCAGUGAUCUUCAUCCAAUACCUCGCCGCCCUCGCCAUCGUACAGGGCAUCCAGGGCUACGCACCUGGAUACGAAAAGAUCCCCGUCAAGCUGAAGUGGCCAAACGACAUCUAUGCGCAGCUUCCCGGAAGCAGCAACAAUCCGGUCGUGAAGAUCGGUGGUAUACUUGUGAAUAGCUCAUAUUCAGGCACCAGCUACGACGUCGUGUGCGGCAUCGGUCUCAAUCUGUCUAAUGCGCUUCCAACGACAUCUCUGAACCAGCUCGCUGCAGGCCAGAACCCGCAAAUCAAGCCAUUCACGCAGGAGAAGCUCCUCGCGUCCAUCCUCGCUUCGUUUGAAUCCCUGUACACUACCUUCUGUACCGCGGGAUUCACCCGCGAUAUGGAAGAGCAAUACUACCGAGCUUGGUUGCACACAGAUCAGAUUGUGGAAUUGGAGAGUGAGGGCGGGGUCAAGGCGAAGAUUAAGGGGAUUACGCGGGAUUGGGGAUUGCUGCUGGCGGAGGAGUUGGGGUGGCAGGAUCGCCCGACGGGGAAGGUGGUGAGCUUGCAGAGCGACAGUAAUAGUUUUGACUUCUUCAGGGGCUUGGUGAGGCGGAAGGUGUAGAAUUAAGCAAGAGCAAAGAGACGGGAAGGUAGACAUAGACAAUCUGCAGCAUUUUCUGCCUGAGCCCGCCAUAGCGCAAUAUACUCA